CAUUUUAGACGCGUUCGCGUGCGGUUCUGUUUGACUCGCUGCCUCCUGUUUGACUUGUUGACCGUUAGCAGCUUGUGCGAAUCGGUUAAGAAAUCCAUUGCGUCUCCCGAGUGCAUUUCAAAUAAUCAAAUUUAGUUAUGCGUCUGUUGCUCCUGUUGACGGCGCUGCUGGCGUUGCAGCUGGUUGGUGGCCAGGAGGAUUAUUGCUUUGGCAAGGAUGCGGAGCGGGAGCAGACGCGUCACUUCACCUCAAAGACAGCCUAUCAGAUUGUCAAGGGCACCAACAUGGACAAACAGUACCAGGUGCCCGGCUGUGAGCCCAAAAAGAUGUGGAUCUUUCACAGGCACGGCACUCGACUGCCAACACCAAACACCAUCCGGGCAGCACCUCGAUUGGAGGACCUAAGGGAUCAAAUUGUGAAAAACUAUCGUGUGCUGCGCACAAAGCCAGAGACGAAUGCUUUGUGCUCGACUGAUUUGAUAGCCAUCCAGAUGUGGAAGUGGAACACAAGUAUCACAGUCGAUAUCGAGGAGCAUCUGACCACCCAAGGCUACGAGGAUCUGCGCGGCACUGCCAAAGUCUAUCAGCACUACUAUCCCACAGUGCUGCCCACCAGAUACAACGAUUCCUACUACCUGUUCCGUCACACGGAUACCCAGCGCACCACAGAGAGCUUUAAAGGCUUCACGGAGGGUCUGUUUGGAGACAACACAGUGGCAACUGCUGCGGAUAUUCCCGAGCAGGAUUUGCUGUUGCGGCCCUACGAUUACUGCAAUGACUUCAAGGACAAGAACUACAAGGGCGAGGGUUCCGAGUAUCAAAAGUAUCGCACGAGCGCCAUUUGGAAUCGCACCGUGGAUGAUAUUACGAAAAGACUUGGUUUCACGUUUUUGGCUGAGGAAGAUAUUGAGCUUAUGUACGAUAUGUGCCGCUAUGAGCAGGCCUGGCAGGUGGAUCGCACCAGUGUCUGGUGCGGCGCCUUUCUGCCGGAGCAGGUGACUGUGCUGGAAUACGCCGAGGAUCUGAAAUACUAUUACGGAUCGGGCUAUGGCUUCGAGGAGAACACAAAAUUCAAUUGUCGUGCCGUGCAGGAUAUGCUGACAAGACUGAGCAGUCCCGUCUCCCCGCAUGUGAUCGCCUAUUUUGCGCACUCGACGGGUUUGCAGACGCUGCUCACGGCGCUGGGCAUCAAUAAGGAUGAUGUUGCACUGCGUGCAGAUAAUUACAAUUCGAUGACAAGUCGUCGUUGGAAGACCAGUUUGCUGGGUCCAUUUGCUGGCAAUUUUGUGGCCGUCAAAUAUGAGUGCACAGAGGCGCUGGAGAAGGAGAAGGUUGUCUUCUUCCUCAAUCAGAAUGCCGUGGAGCUGGACUGGUGCAACGUGGGUCUGUGCGAUUGGUCGCAGGUCCUGGAGCAUUACAAAACCAUCUCGGAGGCCAACUGUGAUGAGUACUAUUGCCGGUCGGGGGCAAUGGCUGGACGUGCCUCGUUGCUGUUUACCGCUUUGAUCGCUGCCAUUGUCUACUUAAUGCACUAGAUAAUCUUGUUUAGUUUAUUAACUUCAAAUGUACAAAGUUCGUACCAAAAAUCAAUGGAAGCGACACACAGAUUGCGAGGAGAUUCGCUUCGGGUGCGCCGGGAGACAUUCAAUAGUAUUUCUUCGAUUUAAUGCGUAAAUUUUCUACCUUUUAACGAGCACAUCUCUGACACGGAACAUUUUGGUUAGUCACAACAAAAAAUAUAAAAUACACAAACAUAAACACACACAUACACACAAAUAUCUUUCUUUAAUUAAUAAAUUAAUUAUUAAACUCCCGCUUAUGACAACUAAAUACAGAUGUAACAGUUAGCUUUAUAUAAACUAUGUAAUUAAACGAUUUUAAGAAUUA